AUUCAGUGCCGAGGUUUCAGAACACCGAAAAGUGUCAACGUCAACAUUACUAUCAACAUUGUGGCAACCAAUAGUCCCGUCACUAUCGGAUCUAGUUUUGGGAACAGAAACAGUUUUCCUGGGAAAGCUUUAGACAUAGACUCGAUUAUUCAGUUUAAUGAAGAACUGAAGACUUUGGAAGAUGCAGCGGGGAAGUACGUCCAAAACCGACAAAUCCAACUGCAGACUCUGGACCGAUUUGUCUCUUGGUUGAAAAUGUGUGGCUACGUCCCUAUAAAUGUCCUAAUCUGGAAGAUACUAUUCGUGAGUCUUACCGCAUUAGCAUUCUUCUUUGGCGACAUCCCCCAUUUGACUUGGGGUUUUUCCUUGUUCACUGGUUUCUGGAAAAUGAGAAAGGGUGUCAAAGAGUUCAAAGCGACAGAGCGACGCUUGAGUGAGAAUCUGAAGACUGCUGUUGAACGAGUGAAUUCAGCUUGGGUAAGCCUGGGUAAAACGGGAGAAAUAACAUUACCACUUGUCUUCGGGGGUGACCGAAUAUUCGACUCCGAAGGUCCAAUCAAUACUUUGGCCUGGCAAGUCUUGAAAUUCAACGGAGGGGUUGGUUCCCUGGCUAAAGAGUUCGAAGACACUGUCAAGAAGCUAAACUGCCCUUCAAAAGAGGAUGUAAAAUUUUGCAUUUCUCGCGUGAGAUACAAGUUGGCAUUGUAGAAUUGCAAACACGGGACGUAGUGCAUGGGCGGCAAUUGUAAAGACUUGUCAAAUGUUUCUGUUGUUAAGUUUUUAAGGGGAUUUGGUUUGAUGCAAUUUUCAAAAUCCAAAUUUUCAAAGGAUUGUUAUUAAGUUGCUUAUAAAACGAUAUAAUGAGGAAAAAAGGAAAAGUUCUUUUUUACUGUUCAUUGCAUAAGUAUGCUGGUGUGUAUACAGAUCUUCAAUUUUCUUCUUGAAAGGAAAUUAAGAAAAUAUUGUUAAUAAUGUUUUACGUAAAAUGCGUAUUCUAAAGGUAUAUGUCCCAUGCUCUUCAACAAAAUUGAUUGUUUUA